AUGUUCACCUCUUCACGAUUAGCCAGACCUCUGGUCUACGCAUACACUGCUGCAUUUACUUGCGGAACUGCAUUCUAUGCCUUCUCUAGCGACAGCAAUGAUCUUCCAGCGAGAGUUCACAAGCCAGAAUUUGACAAGUCCGGCAGAGUCAUACCUCCAACAUUCCCACGAGUCAAGUCAAGACAGGAGCAAAUCUCGGCACUCAAGCGUAGCGGUCUAAAGUCUUCAAACCAAGACCAAGCACAGGAGCGAUCAUCGAACGAUGACGACAUUUACGACUUACUCAUCAUUGGAGGUGGAGCGACAGGAACUGGAAUCGCUCUGGACGCCGUAACGAGAGGUCUCAAGGUAGCUCUGAUCGAACGGGACGACUUCAGCAGUGGAGCCAGCAGCAAAAGUACCAAACUCAUCCACGGCGGAGUUCGAUAUCUGGAAAAGGCAGUCUGGAACCUCGAUUACGAGCAAUUCAAGCUUGUCCAAGAAGCUCUUCGAGAAAGAAAGCACUUCACUACUGUCGCUCCACAUCUCGCUUCAUGGCUUCCGGUCAUGCUUCCGCUCCAAAGCUGGCUGAAGGCACCCUACUUCUGGGCAGGAACUAAGUGCUACGAUCUACUUGCCGGAUCCAGGGGUUUCAAAGGAUCGUCCUUUCUCUCGAAAUCCGCUGCGCUUGAAGCUUUUCCUAUGCAGAAGAAAGACGGGCUUGUUGGAGCGCUGGUUUACUAUGACGGACAGCAAAACGACUCUCGCAUGAAUAUUUCAUUGGCGAUGACCGCUUCGCUAUAUGGUGCGACGAUACUGAAUCAUGUUCAGGCAACUGAACUCCAAAAGGAUUCAAACGGAAAGAUCUGCGGUGCUCGAGUACGAAACACGCUCCCGAACAGGGCUACUGACAACGACGAUGGAGUCUCGGAUGAGUUUGUCGUUCGUGCCAGAGGGGUCAUCAACGCAACAGGGCCAUAUGUAGACGCUAUCCGUAAAUUCGACAAGCCAGAAGAUCGUGAUAUCGUCGUCCCAAGCAGCGGUGUUCAUAUCGUACUGCCCGCAUAUUUCAGCUCGAAAAAUAUGGGUUUACUCGACCCUAGCACCUCGGACGGGCGAGUGAUGUUUCUCCUACCUUGGGAAGGACGCACUUUAGUUGGGACAACAGAUUCGCCUUCGAAAGUGUCCAAGAAUCCUGUGGCAGGAGACAACGAUGUCGAUUGGAUAUUGAACGAGAUCAGAGGGUAUCUCGCACCUGGCAUUUCCCUCCAAAGAUCGGAUGUUCUUGCUGCGUGGUCAGGUAUUCGUCCGCUCGUCCAGGACCCCAAAGCCACCAACAUAGAAUCACUCGUUCGAAAUCACCUAGUGACAGUAUCUGACUCUGGUCUCCUCACCUGCGCCGGCGGCAAGUGGACAACGUACCGCCAAAUGGCCGAAGACGCCGUUGAUAAAGCUAUCGAAGUAUUCCAGCUAAAACCCAACAAAUCCAAUGUCGACUUCUCCAGCACUUUGCACGAAUUCAACGACGUCCCUAUCGUAGAUGGAUCCUGUCAAACUCAACACGUCCGAUUGAUCGGCGCCCACGGCUUCCACGACACACUGGCUAUCAACCUCAUACAACAUUACUCUCUUGACGAGGAUAUCGCAGCGCACCUCGUUCAUUCAUAUGGUGACCGCGCGUGGGAGGUCGCCAGUCUAAGUAGCAAAGCUGGACGCCUUGUACCAGAGCACUGUUUUGUCGAUGGCGAGAUCUUGCACGCCAUGAAAAACGAAGCUGCUUGCUCGAGCAAGAAGCCCGGUGAUUUCCGAGUCGACUCUAGGGGCGAAGGCACCGGCGAAGAAACCAAAAGCAAUCAAGCUUGUCGGCCAAGGCAUCGCAACGAACGGAGUAACAUCGACUAG